CUCAAUUCGUGUCGGAUAGGAGAGUGGGAGUCACGUCACGCCAGUGCAAUCCUACGGCAUUCGAGUUUUGACGUGUGACAGCAAACUGCAACUGUAUCUGUUGCAGACUGGUGUGUACGAUUUUAUUAACUGUCGGUAAUGAAAAAGUGAGAGAAAUGGCAGAAAGUAAAGGUGCGUUAAUUGCGAAAACAGUGCAAAAACAUGCUGGACGGGCGAAGGAAAAGCUACUCCAGAACCUGGGUAAAGUGGACCGCACGCUGGACGACAUCUUCGAAGAGCAUCUGCAGAACUUCAAUCGGCAGCACCAGCAAGCCACACGGCUACAGAAGGAGUUCAACAACUAUAUACGGUGUAUACGAGCGGUGCAAACGGCGUCAAAGAGUCUGAUGGAGGCGAUCACGGAAGUAUACGAGAGCAGCUGGUCGGGGCACGACCUGCUGUACGUGCAGGCGCAGAGCAUGGAGAUGCUGUGGCAGGAUUUCUCCCAUAAGCUAGGCGACCAGGUCCUCAUACCGAUCAAUACAUACACCAACCAGUUUCCAGAAGUCAGGAAAAAAAUCGAGAAGCGCGGCCGCAAGCUGGUAGACUAUGACGGGCAGCGACACAGCUUCCAAAACCUUCAAGCCAACGCCGCUAAAAGACGAGACGACGUUAAGGUGACGAAGGGGCGCGAGCAGCUGGAGGAGGCCAAGCGCACAUACGAGCUGCUGAACUCGGAGCUGCACGACGAGCUGCCGGCGCUGCACGACUCGCGCGUGCUCUUCUACCUCACCAACCUGCAGACGCUCUUCGCCGCCGAGCAGCUCUUCCACACGGAGACCUCCAAGGUGUACGCGGAGUUGGAAGCUAUCACUGACAAGCUGGCUACAGACUGCCAGCGCGGCUCCUACGCCAAGAAGACGGGCUGCCCGCCCUGCCCCUGCCCGCCCUGCCCGCCCACAACGGCACCGCGCACAACAACGUGCAGCGUGACGCCCUCCCCCGCGCCCCCCGCGCUCAACGGCACCGCCUCCCCCGCGCCCGCCUCGCCCGCCUCGCCCCCCGCGGCGCAGGGGACGCCCCCGCCCUCGCCCGCGCCCUCGCAGUCGGCGACGCCCCCCGGCUCGCCGCACACGCCCCCCGACACGCCCGACGCGCCCCCCACGCCCCCCGACACGCGCAACAACAACGCGGAGACGCAGCAGAGUGCGGCGCCGCUCGGCGCGCCGCCCGCUGAGACCAUCAAUAAUAACCUCGACGACAGCGUGGAGAAGGACAGCGUCAAAGAGAAUGAUAAAGAAGAGAAACAGAAGAAGAAAGAUGUAGAGAAUGAGAGCAAUCAGAACAAGAGCGACGAGGUUUACGAUAUACCAGUCGGCGCGACGCUGGCUGGCUUGCCGGCGGGCGCGCUGUACCGCGUGCGCGCCACCUACCGCUACACGCGCGAGGACAGCGACGAGCUGUCCUUCGAUGUGGGUGACGUCAUCCGCGUUGUCGAGUACGACGAUCCCGAUGAACAGGAGGAGGGCUGGCUGAUGGGUAUAAAGGAGUCGACCAAUGAGAAGGGCAUGUUCCCCGCGAACUUCACGCGGCCGAUAUGAGCCGCCCCGCGCCCCCCGCACCGCGCACACUCGCCCGCGCGAAGUGUUACGUGUUUUCUAUUUCACACAGAAAUAUCGUUAUUACGUUACUAUAACGCUCGGAAUCACCUAACACUUCGUUAUUUGUUUAUAACUUUUAGUGUUUAGUUGUUGAGCGUUGUUAGAGGUCUAUAUCAUUAUUUAUUACGUGUUGUACAACGAAUGUAUUAACGACUCGCCCGUUUACUUUAUUUGACUCAUUUUAUUUCGUAAAGGUUUCUAACGAUUUUGUAAAUAAAGAAUAUUUUUAGAAACAUCUUUGGAAUUGUCUGUAACUUAACUUUUUUUCUCGCUAAGGAGAGCAUGCUUAAAUUGUUUCUUGGGAUUUUUUAUUACGUGUGUAUUUUGUAUUCGUAUUCAAACUUUUACUGAGAGAUUUUUAAUGUUUAAUCGAAUUAAAACAAUAAUAUAAAAACAUUGCUCAGAAUUUAUAUUUAAUAAAUAAUGUAAAUGGGAAGUGUCCUUAAUUUUAAUGUUAAAAUAUUGACGAACAAUUAUUGGAAUAUAUUUUAUAUGUAACAUUUUCAUAUGUGUGAAGAUAUCGUGUAAUCAAUUAAAUGUCUGUGUGACUGACUUCACUUUUAAAUAUUAUCUUAAAUAUUGAUAGCUGCUAAAACUAUACGCAUAGUAAUACGAAUUACAACAAAAUAUCAUUUAUUCCCCUACUUGCCGGAAUCGGCAAGCGUUGGAAUAACACUUAUAUUCAAAAAUUCAAAACGUUAAAACAUUUUUUUAAACUAUAAAAAAAUCUUCCUUACGGCACAAAAACACUUCAUAAAUCCGAUCAAAUUUUAUUUUAAUUUAUUUAAUAAACACUAUUCAGAUAAAAUACUGUUUUCUAACAUUUAAAUAUAAUUUCACUUUCCAACUAAUCAUGCCAAAGAAUAAGCAUUUCUAUUACACUUUUCUCUCAUUUUAUACCUUUAAUAUUAAUCUGUUUUUUUAUAUAUCACUAUAUAAAUAUCACAAUUUCAUUAUUCGUAUUAAUAUUGUUAUAUAAUAUGCUGCACAAAUUCCAAUAUUUCAUUUCAUACGUUUUUUUUAUAAAUCUUUUAUUUUACAGGAUUCUCGUAUAGUUUUAGCAGUUAUUAAAUAAAUCGUAAUAUCUAAAUUUCAAACAUACAGUUUAGUUUUAUUCUAUUGUAUAUAAAAUCGAUUUAAUCCAUUUUUGUUAACCUAAUUGUUAAUACAUAACAUAAUCGAAUACAAUAUCGUGUAAUCUAAGUAGCAUAUUGUUAAUUAUAAAAUUGUUCAUAACAACUAACAGAAUGAAGUAAGAACACUCGAUCAAUAUUUUUCUAAUCCGCUAUCUUGUAGCUGUAUAUCGUUAAAAUGCCACAAAUAAUAGAAAAUACGAGAAUUAUGUGGCAAAUGCACCAAACAACUGCCAACAAAGGUGCUUUCGGUGUUCACAAUAUUCAAUUAUACUGUUUUUGUAAAAAAAAAAGAAAUAAAAUUUCUAAAUCAAACUAUCGCCAUUUUAUAUCAUGCUAAGUAUUUGAACCCGUAUUUUAGACUUUUGAGAGAACAUUUUUACUACAAAAUGAAUUUCCAUAUAAAAUUGCCGAGUCGACUGAUGUAUAAUCCGACCAGGAUUAUAAAAAUUCUCAAUAUUUACUAAGCGCACACUUACAACGUUAGAAAAAUAUAAAAAAGCAGCGCUCCCAGAAUUGUAUUCUUGGUCGGACUAUACGAGGUGUAAGAGUACAGUGGCAGUAUUGUGCGGCGUACGACAGUGCCAUGAGAAGGUCCAUAAUAGAUGUUAAUGUGUAAGUUUGUUAGCAUUUGUACAGUUUUUACAACUGCAAAUAAAAUGUUUCACACAAA